AAAUCGUUUACUGUCGACCUACAUAUCAAAAGAAAGGGUUUAAUCUCCUCUAAACGAUGAAAUAUAAAUCUUUGAUAUGCAAGCAUUCACUGCGGAGAUAUAGGCGUAAGAAAAACACGUAUCAGCUCUAUUACGAAAUGAAGUCCUUUACGCGGUAAACCAUAACUUAAUUAAUGCAGGGCUGAGAGUCAACAAACUUGGAGGAAAUAUAGUUCAGAUAUCCGACUACAAUAAUAAAAAAAAAAAAAACUGUCAGCUCUUCUUGUUUUUGUUUGCUCACGGUCAACAAAGUUGAAAAAUUCCUAAUUUUCAAGACCAAACCUACAUAGCCCCCUAGACAGUUCCGAGUGCAAUUGGUUGCCCUUAAUUGACAUUUUGCAGGAAUUGUUGUAAGAGCGUAACAAAAUGUACAUUUUGCAGACUUCACCUAUUGGGUGGGUGGGUGAGUGGGCUACCUUUGGUGGUGCGCACUGAUCCGGUAGGAGGGGAACGUCCUGUUGCCGCCCACCCAGUUAGCGCGCGGUAUCGAAAGAGGGCGCCCUCGCAUUACAUUACCGUCAAAAUGGCAGCCAUGGACAUGCCGUCUGUGCGGCUGCAAUGUGAUUUUAGUAAUUUUGAGUAUAGCAAAGCCAUCGAAUGUGGUGUAAAUCCCUCUUAUCUGCGCGAACUAAAUACAGUGCAACUUAAUCGAUGCACAAAAGACAUACGGAGCCAUUUGCAGAAGUGGAAAGUCGCUGCAUAUGAUGUGAAUGUCGAGUGGAAACUGAUCCUCCUGCGAUGUGGUUUGUUCGACGUCGAUGCAUACACUGAUAAGACAAUACGUCCAGUGCAUAGAUACAAGUUAGGGUUGAGUUGGACAUCAUCAAGGAAAUGUUGUCAUCCACUCCAUAAAGGGAAAGGCAAACCAUUCCGUGGUGUGAAUAAAGCAACUAGCCGUGAGAUCAUAGAUGUUUGAUCUAUGGGGUACCCUGAUCACUGUUGGAACAGGUAUCUGUAGAGGUUGUCUAUCAAAGCACAAACAAGCAGUUACGCACCAGACAGCGGAACAAUUACCUAGCGAUGUGCGCUGUAAGGAACAAGAAGAGCAGCAGUGUACAAUCAGAGAUUUCACAUCGCCGGCUGGUGUACAAGCUCUCCAACCCACCGACACAGCGUGCACUUCAGUUCAUGAGCAUACAUCUGAGUCCUCAUCAACUGAUGGAGAUAUUACACAGGAUGUAGGUGCACUUGACUCUUCUUGGGCUCCAACCCCCUGACCAAAGAAUGUGGAGCUGCAAUCCCUGAACACUUUCCUUACUCAGGGGGGAAUGUCUGCUGUUGAUGGGCAGCUUCUUCUGUCAUUAGAAUAAGCAUCUGAUAGCACCAUCCAUUAUUAAAGAAGGAAGGCAAAGGAAGCCUUUGGUUUAGUUCUUCAUUGUUUAGCACCACGUCAAGAAGAUGGGCUCAUGAAGAUUACAAUCGGUGAAACAACUGCUGAAUCAUCACAAAGUGGUCACAAUUUUGAUAGUAGUGCCCAUUUUCAUUUUUUUUUAUUGCAUCCUUUUUUACCAACAUUUUUGCAUUAGUGGUUCCAUGUUCUCUUUCUUUACGUAUUUUGUGUUUAAACAAAGGGUUAUCAUGGUUUGUUAUUGGAAGACAGUGACUGUUCUUGUUUUUUAAUGUUAAUUUAAGAAGGAAAAUAAUUUCUUGAUUUAUAUUCAAUUGUUUUUUCGAGUUUGAUCGUUAGGUUGUUCCAUGUGUCAUUCUAUUUUGAUACUGUGUUGGUUCAGUUUUCUUCUUUCAACUUCCUUUUAAGUUUAAAGUUCAAUUUAGUUUUGUACAGUUGACUCUCGUUAUAGCAAGGUCGGUGAGACUGCCCAAACUACCUCUUUAAACAGAAAAGUUGCUUUAAAAGGACAGCGAAACAAAGAGACACAAAGAGAACUAGAGAUUCGAGACCUCAGAAUGUGCUCUAUAUAAGCAGCAGUAGGACAUCUUUGUAAAAGUGUUCUUUAUAACAAAAGUCGACUGUAGUACUACCAUUUUACUUAUUUGGUGGGGUGGAUAACAGGUUUAAGGUUUGGAUAAAAGUU